GAGACUGCAACCAUGCACCAGACUGCUCUCCUGACCCUCCUUGUUACCGCUUGUGUGGUCAACGGUGCCACUCUGCCAAAAGCUUUAUGGCAGUUUGGAAAGAUGAUCCAAUGCGCUCAGCCUGGAGUCAAUCCUCUCAUCUUCAAUGAAUAUGGCUGCUGGUGUGGCUUUGGAGGAAAAGGGACCCCUGUGGAUGAGCUGGACCAGUGCUGUAAGGUGCAUGACAAAUGCUAUGAAGCUGCCAGAAAACUUCCUGGAUGCUCAGCUAUUGCGGAUCUUCCUUAUGUUCUGGUUUAUGAUCACACCUGCUCCAAUCAGAGAGUCACCUGCUCAGACACCAAUGAUACGUGCCAGUUAGCUGUGUGCGAAUGUGACCGCGUGGCAGCUCACUGUUUUGCUGAGAAACCAUACAACCCUGAAAACAAGAACCUGGAUCCCAAAUUCUGUGUCUGAGUUAAAAAAUAAAACCAAACACAUAAGACAAGAA